AUGUCGACAAGAGCGGUCUGCUUCGGUCUGACUACGUUGACAAAUAUUCGCGGGAUUAGAUAUUCUUCAUUUCGAGUUGACCCCCCGUUCACAUCGAAUAGACGUCCUCGCAGCCUCGUUUUCGGAAACUUUACCACCAUUCUGCAUUUGACAAGGAAUCGCGCCAUAUCUACAAUACCUUAUCCGCACCAAACAUCGAAAAGGACCACAUCGGCCAAGACCACGCCCAACAUGGCUCGGAAAGGAACCAAGGAUGAUGACAUCGAGGCCGCAGAUGUGCAUGCAAUGUUGAAAAAGGGCAGUCUGAUCAUGAAAAGGCUCGAGGAAGUGUAUCCACAAGCUCCCGAAGGAUUCUUGGAUCACUCGGAUCCCUUUACCUUGCUGGUAGCUGUCGUCCUAUCGGCCCAGUCACUGGACAUCAAAGUGAAUGAAAUAACCCCCGAACUGUUUCGAGUCGGGGGCACGCCCGAGGACAUGCGCGAGCUUGGCGAGAACAACAUCCGUGAAAUCAUUAAGCAAAUUGGCCUGGCCCCGCAGAAGGCAAAGAAUCUUGCAAAGCUCUCAGCAGACAUUGUCGACAAGUUUCAAGGCAAAGUCCCAGACAAUUUUGACGAUCUAGAGAGUCUUGCUGGAGUAGGACACAAGACUGCGAGUGUUAUCAUGAUGCAAGCUUUUCAAAAACCAGCAUUUCCGGUGGACACUCACAUCCAUAGAUUGGCAUGCCGAUGGGGGUGCGGCGAUGCCAAAUCUGUCAUGAAAACGGAAGAGUCGUUGAAGAAAUGGUUUCCAGAUCCGGAGACGUGGGGUCAACUACACACUCGCAUAAUCCUGUUUGGAAGAGAGUACUGCCCAGCUCGAAACCAUAACAUGGAAGACUGUCCCAUUUGCUCUUUUGCCGCCACGGAUGAGGCUUGGAACAAUAAUCGCUUGUUUCCUAAGAAAUUCACUGCCCCAACUUCACACAAAAAUCGAUAUUCAAUUCGGGAUUUACCUCCUCCAGAGAAGGGGGAUCAAGUGUUAUAUACUCCGCCGUCCAAAACGAAGACCACUCGCAAAACAAACCGUAACACUGUUGCCCGUGCUGCUACCAAGAUUGUAGAGCAAGUCCAAGUUAGAAAGUCUGGCCGUCGGAAGACGCCCGUAUCGUACGUUGAAACGGAAAAGGAUGCAACUAAGGGGCCACAAACGCCAGGCAAUGAGAAGAAAACAUCUGGACAACGCGGAAAAGGAAAAAGGAAGAAAGCCGCUGAGAUGGUUGAAGAGCAGGAUGCUACAGCAGCGGAAAAUGCCAAGCCGGCAAAGCGAUCGAAACGUCACCCGGGCGGCAGCAAGUCGACAUACAAAAAUGAUUUGAGUUUAGACCUCACGCAGCACAAGCGCAGGAAGAGUUCAAGGAUUCAGCAGAAGAACGAGAAUGAGUAAAACGUUCGAGGAAGGUAGGAAAGACUGAGAGUUGUGAUAGUGGCGGAUCUUGCUGAAGCAGAACGCAGCUGCAAAUUUGUGGUAGCAUUUGGUAGCCUCUUUUUCGCUCCAAGGCAUGGCCCAAGGCAUGGCGGUAACUCGGUUUUAUUUAUUCUUACACCAUGCGCGCACAACACCACGUCAGGCAAAGCAAGCACACCCACGACAAAAAUCAGUUCGCAGAGAGGAAGCUAGAAAUCGGAAACAACUUCCUUCCAUCUCGGUUCGGAGUGCUGACUACAUGUCCUGCUUAAUACUUAAAAAUUGCGAGGAUUACAUGUACU